AACUCCUCAAAUGGUGAUGCUUACAAACCGUCUGUCAAGUAUCCCUCUGAUGGAUGGAGUACGUCUCUUGAAAAGAUGACCAUGUUCACCAGGGCAGAAAUGAACGAGCACAUAGCCAGAUCGGAAAAAAGUAUUUCCAAUAUUCAACAUCAUUCUGUGCCAACCUCCUUAAGAAAAGUGAAGACAUUCCUCGAAGAUGAAUAUCUAAGAGAAAGAAAUGCCACACGUGAUGACCGCUGUUUUUAUUUUCAAGCUAAAUGCUGCCAUAGCUUUUGAAAGAACGAUCCCCCCACAUCAAUUAAAACUGGCAUUGUGUAUUUUCAAGGGAGACGUUUUAGACAGCAGCUGUACGUGUGUCGCAGGAAAGGCUGGAUUUUGCAACCAUAUUUCAGCCUUGAUGUUCAAAAUUUGCAAGUAUUCCCUCUUUGAAGUGAAGACUACCAAGGAUCUAGGUCAAGAAAAGGACAAGAAUCCAGAGUUGGCGUGUACAUCUCAGCAGUUCAAGAGAAAGUUCAAGAGAAAUUUUGCCGUAAAACAAAUUAUUCAAGCGCCACAAGUGAAAUCCUACAUCUACUUCUUGGAUGAUUAUAAGCGGCAACGUAACAAGGUUAUGUCGCUAAAGCGCAACGCUUUGAAAACGUUUUGCUGUGACCCUUCCUUGAGUGCUAAACAUCCGGGCGAAUUUUGGAGAAAAAUGAAGCCCCUUUUGCCAACUAGUUCUAGUAAAAACAUACAAGGCGUCACCCUCAUUGAGGGCAGCAGUAUUGUUUCCAACCCUGGGUGUGUGGCAAAAGUCUUUAGUGAUUACUUUGCCAAUACUAUUCAGUUAGAGCAUAGAUCUGACACUGGCCAUCCUAGUAUCAUUGGAAUUAUCUAACUUUAAUCUUAAGUUUAAGAAGAAUUCUUUCACUUAUUCAUUAACUAAAUUAUGGAACAGUUUGCCUUCUCAAGUGCGCCUUUCAAGUGCCGCUAAUGACUUCAGAAGUAAAUUCCACAAUUGCAGCUUUUUAGAACAUGUCUUAUAGUGCACGAUUGUAGCUUUUAACUGUUUUUAGAAUGAGUAUUAUAGUUUUUCCUAAUUACGUUUUUAGUAUGUGGCUUUUUGGUCGGUUUUAGCUGUUUAUAUUUUGUUUUUAUUACAAAGUAUUUUAUAUGUAUAUAUUUAUUGAGAUGUUUUUAAAACUGAAUAAUGUUAUAUAGCUGUAAUUAUUAUAGAUCUUAUUUAUACACGUUUGUAUUUUGAACGAGUUUUUUAGCUCUUUGACGUAACGUAUUAAAAUAAAUGAUUGAUUGAUUGAUUGAUUGACAUAGAAUAGCCCUUAUGGGAAUGUUGCUAAGUUUGUACGUACGUGUUUAUAUGACGUUUGCCGCCAACGCGAUUCUAAAUCUGCCGUACCUGCACUUAUAGAUGGUGAAGUUGAGUCCUCACAGGACAGGACCUUCUUUGUGGCGGACAAGGAUGUGGUCGAGGAAAGCAGUCAGUCCUUUUAUUAACAACAGGACGCGGCUUCCCUCCAAAGGGAAACCGAGUGCAUGGAGCCAUAUUUCCCCUUGGCACUCGCAGAAUCCAUCGACCAGCCUCUAGCUUUCAACUUUGACUUGUUUGUGCUAGACAGCCUGGUGUUGCCAAGGCACAUAGUGCCUCGAGAUUCGCAGGAGGAGGUGUCCAACGCAGUUUUGUUUGACAACGCAGCCAGCGCUAUCAGCUACUGCACCGAGAGACUGGAAAGAAGGUGGAAAGAUACACGUCCUGCCGCUGAUCCAACUGCGGGCAAGAGGCAGACACACGCAAAAGUGAACAAGUGGGAACUCCCCCACUGUCACGGCGCACGUUUGACCAAGGCUCUAACCAGCGGACAAGCCCUGUUUGACGCCAAUUUAAACCACAUUCGCUUGGACAGGUACGUUGUUUAGAGACACUCAUAUAAAGCUACUGGUUCAGUCACAGUUACAAACGUCCUGCAGUGCUACCCUUUACUUUGAUAUCGUGUGGCUGGAAAGUUUUGGGGGCGUUUAUUCUUGCGAACUGGCAAUAUUUUGUUCUUUUGUUUCCUAUUUAUUGGCGAUUUUGAGAAAGUACACAGCAUUGAUAACAUUUUCGUUUUUUGUUUAGUAAUCCUACAAUCCUAUGUACACCGUUUCGUUUCCGAAUGAAGGAGGCAAGUUGUAAUUGAACAGAUGUGCUUUCCUCGCACGGCUGAGCAGCUGGCCCGGCUUGAAAAGCAGCAACUCAGAGGAGGUCCACCAUGGGGAGACUGACGCAGAGACCACCUUGAGGACAGUGGGCGGCGCAGGGGCAGCAAGGAAGAAGAGAAAGACUUCCUCUGAAGCGGGAGGAGAGCCAAGGCAUUCCAUGGGGAAGAAGCGAUGGAGGGCAGGGAACCAUGAAAGAACGCUGAAAAAUAGAACCAAACUCGACUAUCACUCACACAUGAUACCAGCUUUGUGUUCUACGUCUCAGGAAUGACCAUUUUCAUUUAGUGGAGUUGCACGCACACAUUGAGACAGUCGCAAACAUUUGGUACCAAAGAAGGAAACUGCUAUCAGAAAUGAUAGAUUUCUUGUGUCAUUCUUCUUAUAUUAUGAACGUGCUAGCAAAUAUGUUGCGAAGUCUGAAACUGCGAAGUCUGAGAUUUCCUUGCAACAAGAAUAAAGCAGGAGAAAUUAGGAGUGCAACCAUAGAAGCCAAGCGGGUGGCUGCCCAGCUACGGCUAAUGGCCAACGACAUUUUGGCAGAAGCCAAGAAAUAG